CAAUAAAAGUAAAACUCUGGGGGUGGGGCAACGGGGUGAGGACAACAACAAUAACGUCAACACAUGAUAGACAUAACCUACAAAGUUGUGACCCACGCCAAAUUUUUUCUUGCUGUGAAAAUGGCUGGUGAAAUAAUAGUAGAUGCCUUACCUUACAUAGAUCAAGGAUAUGACGAACCUGGAGUUAGGGAAGCGGCUUUUGCAAUGGUCGAGGAAGAAUGUCGUCGUUACCGACCAACUAAGAAUUAUUUGGAACAUUUACCGCCCCUCAAUGUAUCUUCCUUUGAAACUCCAAUGAUACACAAUGAAUUUGAACGGUUACAAAAUCGUUUGCCUAUGGAUACCCUCUCAAUGAAACGGUACGAAUUGCCGCCCCCUCCAAGUGGAAAAUUAAACGAAGUGGGGGCAUGGCUUGAAUGUGUGGAUAAUUCCCAAGCUCAGUUGGAACAUCAAGCAGUUCGAAUUUUAAAUUUACAAUUAAUGUUGGAAUAUUGUUGUCCCGCUUGGCAAAGGUAUUUACAAACAUUGACUGAAUUAGAAAAGAAUGCAUCAAAAAAGCUAGCAGACUUAAGGCAACAGUUGCAAGAAGUAAAUUGGCAGAGGAAAUCAUUACAAACCAAAGGUGGUGAAGAAUUAAAAAAUUUAGAAGCUAAAUGGGUAGCGUUAGUUUCACAUAAUUAUGAAAUUGAACAAGCAUGUUGUAUGGCAGAAGAAUACUUGAUUCAAUUGAAACAAAACCCCCUUCUCCACCAGAAUCCCCAGCAAGAUGAUAAUUGAAAAUUAGUUUUGAAUGUAAAUUUUCUUGUAUAUGUGCACAUACUUUUAUUUUAAAAAUAAAAUAAAUUCAACAGAA